AUGACAGACCUUCAAAUCUCAAUCCAACAAAAACCCCUCAGCGUAUUCUCCCUUCCAGAAGAACUACUCUCUGCUCUUGUAGCAGUGGACCAAGAAACAGAAACAGAAGUCCAAAUAGAAUGGAAACAGCAGGCCCUUGUCACUAGCCAGGCUCUCCAGCGUCUAGAGAUCAACGAAGACCAGGACACAUUGACUUGCCGUACUUGUGAUAUCACUUUUACUAGUACUGAGCGCGAACAACACAGAAAGCACUACAACACUGAUUGGCAUCGUUAUAACAUCAAGCGAAGACUUGUUUUGGACACCACCCCUGUCUCCCUCAUUGAAUUUGAAAAACUUUUGGCUGACUUGAGUGACAGUAUUUCAGGAACUGACUCAGAGGAUACUGACGAAGAAAGCGAUACCGAAGUUGCCCACGAUCGCGUAAAUGCCUUGGUUGGAAAACAAAAAUCAGUCUUACCUGACCACGAUAUUACAAAGAAUCCCAAUGAAGAGGGAUCGCUCCUCCAGAAGCGUUACUCCGCCAUGGUGUGGUUUAAUGCCAAGCCGCUAUUAUCCGGAUCGAUCCAUCUUGGUAUCUACCGUACUUUGUUUUCGACAAAAACAGCCGAUAUUGCAGCUGUAAGAGCACUACAAAGUAAAAAUUAUGAGAAGAAGCCUCGAUACUGGACUAUUUUGAUGUUGGGUGGAGGUCAUUUUGCUGGAUGUGUCGUGGAUGUCAAUCAGAGCAAGGGAAUUUCAGAGCCUUCUGUUGAAAAACAAGUCAGACUUGUCACACACAAAACAUUCCACCGUUAUACCACGCGUAGAAAGCAAGGUGGUGCCCAAUCUUCUAACGAUAACGCAAAGGGAAAGGCCAAUUCUGCCGGUGCUCAAAUUAGACGCUACAACGAGCAAUUGUUGCAAAAGGAAGUCAGAGAGUUACUUUCUCAGUGGAAAAGCUAUAUUGACCGAAGCGAACUUGUACUAGUUCAUGCUCCAAGCAACAACCGAAAGAUUGUGUAUGGGUAUGAGAAUGCCGUACUGACAAAAGAAAAUCCGGCUGUCAAGACCAUUCCUUUUGUUACCAAACGGCCCACAUUGAGUGAAUUAAAACGCGUGUUCCUGGAGAUUAGCACAUUCAAGGUAAUUGAGGUAGAUGAAGAAGCUAUUCUGGCCCACAAGAACAAAGCCAUCGAAAAGGAAGAAAAAGCAAGACAGCUUCUGGAAAAAUCAAAGCAGCAAAAGCCGACAACCUCAUCUACAAAACCAAAAGCUGAGGCUUCUCCAGAGCUCGAAAAGCUGGCCGGACUUGUGAAACAGGGAAAGACAUCAGUGAUUUUCUCUUAUCUCAGCAAGCACAAAGAUAUCAAUGUAUCUAGUAUUUUGCCAAGUUAUAUCACUGCAGAAGAUAAUGGGCGGUUCCCGACUUUGCUUCACAUGGCGUCUCAUUACGGCCAUCGUUCAUUAGUCGAAUCUUUAUUAAUGGAAGCUCACGCUGAUCCUACCGUCAAAAGUGAAGGUGGUAAGACACCAUAUGAAGUUGCCAAAGAUAAGACCAUCCGCAGUGUAUUCCGCCGCUGUAUGCAUGAACUUCCUGACAAGUGGGCCUGGCUUGAAGAGGCACGUGUGCCCAGUCCACUUACACUGGAGGCCGAGGAGGAACAAUUGGAAAAGGAGCGAAUAAAGAAAGAAAAGGAGGCAGAGAAAAUCAGACUUAUUGAAGAGGAACGUCUCCGACGUGAAGCUGAGGAAGAAGCCAGAGAACGAGAACAAAAGGCUGCGGAAGAAGUACGGAAGCGAGGCAAGGCCAACGUUUUGGUCGCAAAAGCAUUGAUUGGAAGCCAGGGAAACAUGGCAAACAUGUCACCGGAAGCUCGUGUACGCCUAGAGAGAGAAAAGCGGGCUAGGGCAGCUGAAGAGCGUAUGCGACGUAUGGGUGGAAACUAA